GCCGGGCCGGGCCCGGGCCGGGGCGGAGGGGGCCGGGCCUGCCCCCGCGGCCGGCGGCGGCCCGAGGUUUAAAGUGAGAACUUUCCGCUGGCGGUGCCGAGCCGCACAGCCGCCGCCGCGCUCUCCUGCCCCGCAGCAGCCGCGGCCGCCGCCUCCCCCGGGCGGGCCGUACAAUCCUCGGCAGUGUCCUGAGACUGUACGCCCGCCUCGGGGGCGACCCGGCCGAACCGGAUCGCCGACCCCCGACCGACCGCUCGCUCGCCGCCGCCCGCGGAGCCCCCGAGUCCCGCGGGCAGGUGCUGAGCCCGCCCCGGCCCGAGAGGCGGCGCAGGAGUCGGCAGCCGCCGCGAUGACAGCUGACAAGGAGAAGAAAAGGAGCAGUUCUGAGCGGAGGAAGGAAAAAUCAAGAGAUGCAGCAAGAUGCAGAAGAAGCAAAGAGACCGAAGUUUUCUAUGAACUGGCACAUGAACUGCCCCUGCCCCACAACAUCAGUUCCCACCUGGACAAGGCAUCCAUCAUGCGCCUGGCAAUCAGUUUCCUGCGCACUCACAAGCUGCUGUCUUCAGUAUGUGCUGACAAUGAGAAUGAAUUAGAGGCAGACCAGCAGAUGGACAACUUGUACCUGAAAGCUUUGGAGGGAUUUAUUGCCGUGGUGACACAGGAUGGAGACAUGAUCUUUUUGUCAGAGAAUGUCAACAAAUACAUGGGUCUUACCCAGGUGGAAUUAACUGGACACAGCAUUUUUGACUUCACUCAUCCAUGUGACCACGAAGAAAUUCGAGAGAAUCUCAGCCUGAAAAACGGUCCAGGCUUUGGGAAGAAAAGCAAAGAGAUGUCAACUGAGCGUGACUUCUUCAUGAGGAUGAAAUGCACUGUUACCAACAGAGGCAGAACUGUUAACCUCAAGUCUGCCACGUGGAAGGUUUUGCACUGCACUGGACAAGUUAAAGUAUAUAACACUUGCCCUCCUCACAGUCUGUGUGGGUAUAAAGAGCCUCUUCUCACCUGCCUUAUAAUAAUGUGUGAGCCUAUUCAGCAUCCUUCAAACAUCGAUAUCCCCCUGGACAGCAAGACCUUCCUGAGUCGCCACAGCAUGGACAUGAAAUUCACCUACUGUGAUGACAGAAUAACAGAGUUAAUUGGCUACCAUCCAGAGGAGCUGCUGGGCCGUUCGGCAUAUGAGUUCUACCAUGCCUUGGACUCGGAGAGCAUGACCAAGAGUCACCAGAACUUGUGUACAAAAGGUCAAGUAGUGACAGGCCAGUACCGUAUGCUUGCCAAGCAUGGUGGAUACGUAUGGCUGGAGACUCAAGGCACAGUGAUUUACAAUACACGCAACCUACAGCCUCAGUGUAUCGUCUGUGUCAACUAUGUGCUGAGUGAAAUUGAGAAGAACGAUGUUGUGUUCUCCAUGGACCAGACGGAAUCGCUCUUCAAGCCUCACCUGCUGACGAUGAGCACCGCCUAUGAGAGCGGCAUCCCAGCGACAGAGAAGAGUGACUUCUUGUUUACUAAGCUAAAGGAGGAACCAGAGGAACUGGCUCAGCUGGCACCAACACCCGGCGAUGCCAUUAUUUCCCUGGAUUUUGGGACACAGAAGUUUGAGGAAGCCCCUGCCUUCCCCACUGCUGUAUUGACGCCAAACAAAGCAUGGCCAGUGGAAGUGAAAAGCCACGCUGCUCAAGGUGAAACGCUGACGAUACCAUCCUUUACAAUGCCUCAGAUUGCACCUGGCAACAGUACUCCAAGUGCAAGCAGUAACAGUAGCUGUUCCACGCCAAGCAGCCCAGGAGAUUAUUACAGUUCUGUGGAUGAAGAUCUGAAGAUUGAAGUGAUUGAAAAACUUUUUGCCAUGGACACAGAAUCAAAAAGCCAGUGCACCUCACAGACUGACUUCAAUGAACUGGACCUUGAAACCCUGGCUCCUUACAUUCCUAUGGACGGAGAAGAUUUCCAGCUCAGCCCAAUCUGCCAAGAAGACCGUCCUCUCUCUGAAAGUGCACAAAAUACCCAGCAGAGUCUAAGUAGCAUGAGUACCAUCUUCCAACCCCUUGCUUCUGCUUCACAGAAUCAGUUUCUCCCGGAGAAAUACUGUCCGCAGCUAUCAAAUAAAAAAGUGAAUCCUGGUCGUGGGUCCCUGUCAUCGGUGUUCUUCAACAAUAUGAGCAGGUCAUCACUGCCACCGUACCAUGACCAAGCCAGCACUCCCUUGUCUUCGAUGGGAGGAAGACCAAACACACAAUGGCCACCUGAUCCCCCAUUAGAAUACAUCCCUUCUAAAUGGAGACUCAUGGAUAAAUACUCAGGAUCCCUAUCAAGUUCCCCCUCAGGACCACCAAUACAUUCUCCAAAUAUGCCCAUAUAUAAAAAAAGGCCUUUGGAUGCUUUUGGGCAGCGAGGCAUAGAUGUAAACCCAGCAAGAAUUGCUCUGGCUAACAGUUUGAAAUUGAAGCGGCAACUGGAUUAUGAAGAACAAGCGUUACAACAGCUGAGUGGGGGAGAUCCAUCUGUCAUUAAUUCAUCUCACCUCAUGUGGAAGAGAAUGAAAUUUCUCAAAGGGGAAAACUGUUCCUUGGUUACAGAAAAGAAAUCUCUCAGCACAAGUGUUCUUACUGAUGAAUUUGUCUGUAAUUCGAGGGGCCUGAGCCAGCCAAUGAAUCAACUACAGCAGCAGCAGCAACAACAGCAGCAGCAACCAACCUGUGGCAGUCCUGGUGAGAAUUUGAAAGCAGGAGCAUUUCCCCCUCCGUUUUACAGUUCCCAUUGUCAGGACUAUGCUGUCCAGCCAGCUCAUAAAGUGUCAGGUAUGACCAGUCGGCUGCUGGGGCCUUCCUUUGAACCCUACUUGUUGCCCGAGUUGACAAGAUAUGACUGUGAGGUGAACGUCCCCGUUUUGGGCAGCUCUACGCUUCUGCAGGGCAGUGAACUGCUCCGAGCGCUGGACCAGGCAACCUGAGCAAUCCUGCAAUAUUCCGUGGCCUAUACUGUUCAAAACGGCUUGUUUUUAAAUAUAUUUUUGCAAGUAGACAAUUUCUAAUACAGAUACACUUUUACAGGAUUUUACUUAGAUAUUGAACCUGUCCACGUUACCAAAUAGUGGCCUUUUGAAGUUACUCACUUUAUUAUUCAUAUUAAAGAAAUACAUCUACUGUAUUUUCUCUAUUGCAAUUAAAGUGUUGUUUAGAGAGUUUGAUUACCCUCCCCCUUGUCUCAUGACCUGUAAUUUAUAUGCUGAAAUUUUCUGCAAAUUUCAUGCUGAUAAAAAGCUGUGGUAUAAAUGCCUCAUUCUGCAAUGUACUUUGGCUGCAGUAGUGCAAAGAUUUCUUUUUAUUGCCAAAGAUGAAUGAAACAAAUUUGAUCUCCAACCACAGCUUUUUGUUGAUCUGCCAAAUUGAAAUCUUCUGAGUCUUUCUGUUUUCCAGCAUUUAUUGUAUUGUAACUUUAAUAACUUUUGGAAGGGUAUACUAAGGAAAAAUCCCAGCCUUCCGCCUUCUCCCCCUUCCUUUUGUUUUUAUACUUUUUGUUGAAAGAAAUGUGAAUGGUGAACUGCAAAUGUUUGUGGGUAUCUGUGAAAGUUGCACGUUGUAAGCUUUUUUCCUCAAGAAGCAAGCCACAUUCUCAGCUGCCUUAACCUGGCUUAGCUCUACAGCCAAGGGAGUCCUACAAAUUUACCCCAGUGGAGGAUUUAGACCUGUGAUUUCAUUUGUUUGGGGUUUGGUUUGUUUGCUUUGUUCUUUCCUUUCCUUUUUAAUUUCUCUCUGGGUCAGUUGUUGAUCAUCUCUUGGUACUUUUGCUGUAUCUUAAGAGCUGUUUCUGAUAAAACUAGUAGUAUUUGUUAUGGUGUUGCUGAUAUUUCAGGCAUCUGACCAGCAGGCCAGCACUAACCCCUCUGAUUAAUGUUACACUUCUACCAUCUUAUAUGCUAGCUAGCAAUAUAAUUGCAGUAUUGAAUCAUUAAAACUAAGUAAUAUUUCCCAGGCUAUUAGGCUAACUCAGUUAUAAAUAGACAAAAAGAAUUAAGGAUUGUAUAGCAAGAUGAAUAGCUGGCAGGCAGGUUUGUAUCAUUUUUACUUGCCUUACAUUAAUCGGUCGUUGCAAUGUCAUUAAAAGGUAGCCAGACAUUUCGGAGCUCUUUUCCAACUACCAUUAAAAAAAAUAAGGCUUUGAAUGCAUUCAAAGGCAAAGGAAUUCUGAAGUUUGAAUUACAACAUAUUUAAAGAGCAAAAACACUGAAGUAAUAAAAGGCAGGUGAGCAGUUCUGACUUAAAAUACAUACAGACCUAGAUCGAUGUUGGCAUAUACCAUCUUGUUUCCUCCACUGGUAUAAAUCAUUGUAGCUUCAUUGAAGAAAAUGGAGCAGUGGCAACGUACAAAAGGUAAAAAUCUGGCCUAGAACCUUAGAACAAAGAUAUGUUCUUUUGAGACUUCCGAUUGCGCUGAAGCCUGGUUGAUAAAAUUGCUUUAUAUCAUGCACUGACACUUGCAGGGAGGGAGCCUUGGGUUCAUAGAGCACUUCAGAGUUCACUGUGUUAAGCAAGUCUUAACCACACAAGAAAAGCUUAAAAUCUUUUGCUAUUGAUACAUAAUAUAAAAAAAUCUGGUAGUCCUUAUUGUAGACAAUGUUUUGAGAGUUUAUUACCAAAAAUAAUCUGCUCCUAAAGUAAAGUUAUUACCAUAUGGAAGAAUAUAUUGUAGGCAUCAAAACCUGAUUAAAAUUGGCAAGCCAGCUUUGACAAAGGUGUAGUGGCAAGGACUUAAUGCUUCAAGGAUUAAAGACACUUGAAUCCCGCUCUGUUUCUUAUUUGUGUAGUUGCAGCAUUAAAAAUGUUAUACCCUAACAGUUUACUAAAACACUCUGAAAAAUUAUUCCAUGUCUUAAUAUUAAUCAUACUUUUUAUCAUAAUUAUUUCAUAAUCUAUAUUGCUGAAUUCUUAUUGACAAUAUUAUAACUGUAUGGGAACUUUAACUUGAUAAGGAAAUGUAUUUUGACACUGAUACCUUAUUAAAGUAUACUGAUCCUAAAUUCUUUGCGACUCGUUUGCUAUGAAUUUGUUAUUUGUUGUAUCAUUGUAAAACAAAAGUAUUUAUUAAAUUAUUUAUAGAAAAUAAA